AUUGUGAUGAGCAAGUCGACGACAGCGGUACACGGCGUUCGGACGAAAAAAUAUGAUUUAGAUAAGUGAGCGAGUGUUUGGAGAAGACUUCUCGUCGUCAUACACAAUAUUCGAGUGUGUAUCUAUAAUGUUUUGUGUGUGCAUAGGCCGAUUGUGUGUACGCGCCACGCGAAACGAUAAUAUUAUUAUAAUAAGUAUGCCAGGCCGGCAGAAACGUGAUCGUUUACCGUUUAUUAGGUGUUAUAAUAUUGUAUUAUAAUAUAUCUCUUAAGUUUUGGUAUAGAACAAAAUAUUAAAAUAUUAAAACAUAAAUACGAUUUCUGACAGCCGCUGUCCCGCUAACGUUUUUCUCGCGUUGCUCGAUACGUCGCCGCAGAAGCCGAUAACGGACGUAUAUACCUAUUAUUGUCGUUGUAUAUAAUAUAUAAUAUACUUAUAUAAUUAUUAAUUGGAAAGGAUCUAAAAUGAAGCCGAGAAAAAGACAUUAUUCACGUGAUUUAAUGAAUUUCGAUAACCUGAGUCAUGACAGUCCCAUGGAACAGCUUGUUUAUUAUGAUUUACAACCUGUAUCUGAAAAUGUUAAGGAAAGUUCAUACAACAUACAAAACAGUACCCGACUGGCUUCCUCUACUGCUGACCUAAGUAUGGAUUUGAGUGGAGAUGAACAUUACAAAAACAAAAGGAAAGCAUCUACACAUGGUAGCGAUUUUGAUGAUGACAACAAUGAUGAUUCAAGGUCUGUUCGAAAUGACAAUAACAAAAAACAUAAUCACAGUGAAAUUGAGAAACGUAGAAGAGAUAAGAUGAACUCGUAUAUUACCGAGCUAGCUAGUAUGAUACCAAUGUGUCAUACUAUGCCACGAAAGUUAGAUAAACUGUCUGUACUCAGGAUGGCCGUGCAACAUAUGAAGACAAUUCGAAGCAACGUUAAUUCAUACACUGAAGGUCAUUAUAAACCUUCAUUUUUAUCUGAUCAAGAUUUGAAAACUUUAAUCACACACGCCGCUGAAGGUUUUGUUCUCGCUGUAAGUUGUGAUCAUGGGAAGAUACUUUAUACAUCGAAAUCCGUGACUCAGGUUCUGAACUAUAUGCCAGAAGACUUGGUUGGAAAUAAUGUUUUUGAUUAUAUCCAUCCGAAAGAUGUAGCUAAAGUAAAGGAACAACUUUCCUGUUCAGACUUUGGCCCUAGAGAUAAAUAUAUCAAUGCAAAUACAAUGUUACCUGCCCGUGCUGAAAUGAUGAAUACAUUGUCAAAAAUGUGUAGUGGAGCUAGGAGAUCAUUCUUUUGUCGAAUGAAGUGUAAAGUAUAUGAUAUAAAAGAAGAAGCAGACACGACUACAGGAUCAAAGUACACUCAAUCAGAUAGACGAUAUAAUGUAAUCCAGUGUACUGGUUACUUAAAACCCUGGACACAGAUAAAUGAAUGUGAGGAUGUAUCUGGGAAGAGUUUGGGAUUAGACGAAGAUAAUGAUGGUAAUGGUGUUGGAGGGGAUUCUGGAUCUCCAAAAAAUACAUCGUGUCUGGUAGCCGUUGGUAGAAUUAUUAAUAAUUUGGCUUCCUCUUCACUUUUAUCGGACAUAGUAAAACCACCAUGUUUUACCUCAAAACACACAAUUGAUGGAAAAUUUCUGUCCGUCGAUCAAAGGGUGACAUAUAUUGUUGGGUUUUUACCUCAAGAAUUAUUAGGUACUAGUAUGUAUGAAUACUUUCAUCAAGAUGAUAUUGCUAGACUUGUAAAUAUCCACAAAGCAACACUUCAAGAGUGUAAGCCAAAAGAUACAGAGAUUUAUAAAUUCCGGGCUAAAAACAAAACAUUUGUAAACUUACGGAGUUCAUGGAAAAGUUUUCGAAAUCCUUGGACUAAAGAUAUAGAAUUUAUUGUUGCUAAUAACAUUUUGACUAGGACAGAUUUCAAACCCGAUAGCAGCAACAAAUCAGAAUGUUCUUCACAAGGACAAUCUCAAAAUAACCAUGAUAGUUUUACAGACCAGCAAUUAUCAAAAAGCCAACAGCAGCUGGGUAAUAGAGAAAUACAAAAUUUGAUUACUUCACAUAUAGAAGCAAAUAAAAUCGGAAGACACAUUGUUGAUACUACUUUGGAUGUAAAGAAGGCAAUGUGUGAUACCGACAGUUCUCCUCCAAACUCUCUAAAGGAUACAAUAGAAAAAGAGUCCAAAAAUGACAGUUUACAGUUCCUGAGUUCACCGCUGGCGAUGCUCAACGAACCAGGCACGUUGUCGAGUAGUGGUGGCGACGGUGGCAGUGGCAAUACAGAUUCAUCGUACACCGCGAUCCAGGACAGCGUGAAUCUGUUGAACUCGACCAAUACCAAUAAUGACUCGGAGACCAUGCUCGGUGAAAUAAUGACAUCGUCCCCACAACAGUUAUCUAAUUUAGGAACUAACGACGAAGCCGCUAUGGCUGUCAUUAUGAGUCUCUUGGAAGCCGACGCCGGACUAGGUGGACCUGUUGAUUUUUCCGGGUUACCAUGGCCUCUGCCGUAACGCGUAUAAUAAUGAUUCAAUCAAUUGAUUAGUUUUUCGUGCAGCUGAAUGUAGUAUUAUUUUUUCAUAUUAUUCAAUAAUUAGCUAUCUAUGUUAAUUAUUUACAUUGUAUAAAAAUCGAUUUUGAGAAAAGUAACUUAGAAGAUUUGUUUUUAGCUAAUUGUAUAUUAUAUUAAGACCUAUGUUAUCUUUCUGUUAAUAAUACAUACAGGAGUUAGUAAAAAUCUAGGAACUCGAAAUUAUAAAAUAAGUACAAGAGAACGUUUAUACACAUUACCUACUUAUUGAUUUAUGUUUUUAUUAUUAUCUUUUAUUAGAUUUGUAAAUUGUAAACGUGUGUUUAUGUUUUUUUUGUAAUUUUAUUUUAUUCAAAUGUUUUAUUUGUUGGAUCAUUUAAAUUUAUCAAUUGACUGUAGUAUAAUUGUUAAUACUCAUCCAAGAUAUUAUUUUAAUUAAAUUUUCCUUUUUAUA